AUGGCCUCUGACAGCAUAGCGAUUAGAUACGUCACUGACGGUGACAAAGAGGAAUGGACCAGGUUAUGGCUUGGAUUCAGGGCCCAUUAUGAUAUUCCAAUCCCCGAUGGUCUCGGGGACGCCAAUUUCAAGAGAAUCAUGGACGAUUCCGUGGAUAUGUGGUCAGCGUUCGCCGUUGACACUUCAAGGGACGACAAGCCGAUCGGUCUUGUCAAUUGGGUGAGUCGACCAUCCACAUGGGACCUGACUGAUAUUGUAUACCUUCACGAUCUGUACGUGGACGAAAACGAGCGUGUUCGCGGCGUCGGACGCAAAUUGAUUGAGUUUGUCUACUCUGAAGCGGACAAGAGAGGCACCCCGCUGGUUUAUUGGACCACUGACCAUUACAACCACAGGGCACAGCUCCUGUACACGAAGGUAGCCAAGAAGACCAGCAAGGUGAUCUACGAGAGGGAGUUAUGA